CUGAUGGGCUGUUGAAAAGUAACACUACUCUGCAGAGCCAAAGGUUGAGCAUUAGGAAGGGGAGGGGGGCUUGUUCUACCAAAAUGUUAUGUUUUUUGUACGUCCAGUGCCACCUUCUUACUUUGAUGUCUGGAAUACUGAGGAGCAGUCGUUAAAAGGGGAUGUCUGAGGAGGCUGUCCGUCAAACUCGAAGCCAGAAGAGGGCACUAGAGAGAGAAGUCACCUCUACAGAGACCUCAAACACUGACAAUGAACACAAAAAGCCUAAACUGGACUUACUGGAGCCCACAUUACAGACACAAACAAAACCUAACAACACUGAAUCCCAGGACAGUAUUUCUGACAAUGCACACAAGGAAGAACAGCAUCGAGACAUCAUAGCAGAGACAUCAUUGUCUUUAGUUUUACCUUCAGACGAUCAACCAGCAAAGAAUGACCAAUCGCAGCUGUCAACGAGACCAAAAGAGGAGGCCAGCUUGGACAAUCGGACUGAAUGCACGAACAGUCCAAGUAAGACGAGUAGAGAAAACACCACAGACACACGGACUCGAGUGCGACAAAAGGAACCAAAGGCGACCGGUGGGAUGUUUGCUGCAGGCGAGGUGGAGGCCACCAUAAAAGUUGAAGUUCAGGCUGCUGACCAGCCUGUGGAUAUGACCACAUGUAAAGGUGUCAAAAGAGAGAAACAGCCUCCGUCUCCUGAAGAUGACGAUGUGAUCAUUCUAUCAGAUAACGACUCACUGAGCCCCCCAAUGAACGGCCUGAAUCACUUUAACGAGCUGGACACAGAGCUACUAAUGAAGAGCAGUGCGGAGGAAAGGGGUCGCAUUAUUAAGCAGCUGAAGGAGGAGCUGAGGCUGGAAGAGGCUAAACUGGUUCUUCUAAAAAAACUUCGACAGAGCCAAAUACAGCGGGAUACUAUUCACAAGGUCUCAGGUUUGACUGGAUCCUCAGCUCCUCCUCCUCUUAUUCGAGGAACUACAGUAAGCAGCAAAGGCUCACAGCAGAUUUUGACAGGUCGUAACUCAGGCACAGUUAUUCCACCGCCACUUGUGCGAGGUGGGCAGCAUAUAUCAAAACACAGCACCCAGGGCACCAUGCCACCGCUUGUCAGAGGAGCACAGCCCAUUUCUGUGUCUCCACAGCAGAUUCAGGCUCUCCGACAGCAGCAGCAACAGCAGAUGGCAGCUGGAAAUUCUGGCUCAGGACCCCCUCCUCUGCUCCUCGGACCCAGGACCUCAGUAGCCUCCCAGGGUCAGAGAGGUUUGGUUCAAUCAGGCCUCAUCAGAGUGGGCAAUAAUGCCAGUGCAUUAGGUUCAUCAACUAUGAAAAGUUCUACUUCCGGAAGCGGAUUGUCGGUGAUCAGUGUAAAUGACUCUCCUGCCAGUCGCCAAGCAGCAGCAAAACUUGCCCUGAGGAAACAACUAGAGAAGACACUCUUGGAGAUUCCCCCUCCAAAGCCUCCUGCCCCAGAGUUUAACUUUCUGCCUUCGGCGGCCAAUAAUGAAUUUAUUUAUCUAGUUGGACUUGAAGAAGUAGUGCAAAAUCUACUUGAUACCUUCCACAAAGGAAAAAUGGGCUUUACGUCAAGCAGGCCUAUUGUUCGAGACCCCUUUGUCUGCACCCAGUGCAAGACUGACUUCACCUGCCGUUGGAGGCAAGACAAAGCUAAAGGUGGAGUGGUCUUCUGUGAAGACUGUAUGUCAUCGAAUCAGAAAAAAGCUUUAAAAGCUGAACAUACUAAUAGGCUGAAAGCAGCUUUUGUCAAAGCACUGCAGCAGGAGCAGGAAAUAGACCAGUGUAUUAUUCAGGCUUCUUCAACAGUAUCUCACAGUAAUUCAUCAGCAUCACUGAAGGCAGAGCACCUGGUCUCUCAGCAGUUAAAACAGGCUCAGGCCAGAGUGUCAUCCUUACAGCAUCAUACGUCAAGUCGAGGAGUCAACCUGGUUCAUCAUCACUCCAUCAAGCAGAGCUCACAUGGGCAGCUGUCCCAUGGCAGCGUGUCAUCAGUCAGUGUUCGAGGCGUUCCCCACUCCUUUUCAUCUUCCUCUCAACUCCAGAGUGCAGUGGCGGCCGCCGCUUUGGUCAGCCGGCCAGGUAAGCAGUCCCAGGUUUCUCGUCAGUCUGUCCAGAGUUCAAAGGUGAGCAGCAGUGGAGUCAGCGGCGGCAAGAAUUUCAGCGCUUGUAGUGCGUCAUCCACUGCAUGGAAGAAGCAAAGCAACAGCCAACCAGGGGUAACUAUGGCCUACAUAAAUCCAAGCUUGACGGGUCAUAAAACUUCAGCAUCUGUGGAUGCUCGUCAUAGGGAGUACCUGCUGGACAUGAUCCCCUCUCGAUCAUCCAUCUCCCAAACAGCCAAUACGUGGAAAUAAUGUAAAUGGCACUGUACUGUCAUUUAGGGAUUUUUUUAUCCUUAAGUCUUGGGCAGACUAAUGCAGAAACACAAUGUUUAAAAUGAAGAUUCUUUUAAUGUGUUAAGUUGUUAUAAGUUAUGUUAUGUUAGCUUCACUUCUUUGGGAUACUGCACAGAAACCACUUUUUUGGACAGUGGCAACAAAUACUUGAAGGGCUUCCCUGGAGAACUUCCAGAUUGGGUCUUUAAGUGACCAUAUUAAAAUCACUGUAUACUCUUUUAAAGAAAAUUGUGUAUACACUUUUUCUACCAUGUGAUCAAAAAUUAUCAAAGACUUUGAUGCUUGAACUGUUAAGCAGCUAGAUUCAAUAUGUUUAAUAAAUCAAGUAAACUGAGUUGUAAAAUGUUCAGCAACACAUCCCUGUAGUUGAGGAUUUGAAUUCAAUUUGUCAGUUACACUUGCAGUAAGUUAUUUUGUUUUUCCAGAGUUUGAAAGGAUUUGGAGAUUUGUGGUUUCCACAAAUUAAACAAUAUUUUUUGGACUUUGUUAACAGCAUGCAUACCCUUACUCUUAUGUUAUUUUUUCACCUUUGCUGAUAACGCAUGGUGUUGUUUGUAAUUGCUCUCAAUGUUGACAUUGUAACAUUACUUUGAGUGUUGUUUAUUAUACUGAUAAUUGAUGUAACUCAGAGCAUAUGCAUAAGCAACCCCCAGUGCACAAAUGAAAGUACAUUUCUGGCUAUGACGAUAGUGGAAACCAUGUGCCCAUAACUUGUUUCCUUAAUCUCACUGAAGUUAACUGCUUUUCAAUCAUAGUUGCAUUAUUCUCUUUUAUGUUACACUUUUGGUUUACUUGUUUUCCCAGCUCCACAAUAAAUAACAGAAUUAUA